AACCAAAUCUAGAGCAACCCAUUUCGUUGUUCUUCCAUUUGAAGGAAAAUUUUAUACGUCCUCCAUUCCGUUUUACCCCAUAAAGUUCAAUGCUUUUGUGGCUCCUCUCAAUUCCCAUUCCGUAAUAAUUUCAUUCUUUUUCGCUAUAAACCCCUUUAAACAGUGAGCUAUUUCACACCCCUUUUCAUCACUCACACUCCUCACCUCUUUCAAACAAGGUGCUUCACUUGUAUUGGUAUGAAUUUCCGUGAUCUAGCAUAUGCUCAGGCCUUUCGACUUUGUCAUGGCGGGAGACACGUCAUGGAUCAGUCACUACGAGGAUGAUGCUCGGAGGGAGACUAGGGAGUUUGAUUCAUUUUUGGAACUUGGUGAGGAAAUUGACAAAGAAGGAACUGCUGUUUCUGUGGAUGCAAUUUUGCCUGAUGAAUUGUUGGAGCGUAUCCUAGCCUAUCUCCCCGUUGCAAGCAUUUUCAGAGCAGGUUGUGUGUGUAAAAGAUGGUAUGAGAUUGUUACUUCUGAAAGGUUUUUAUGGAACCUUUCCCAUUUGCUUCCACAGAAACCUUGGUACUUCAUGUUUACUAGCUCUGAUGAACCAACUGGUUAUGCUUAUGAUCCCAUCCUUCGGAAAUGGUAUAGCAUUGAACUUCCGUGCAUCGGAACUUCUAACUGGUUCAUUGCUUCAUCAAACGGUUUAGUUUGCUUCAUGGACAAUGACAGCAGAAGUGAAUUAUGCAUGUGCAACCCUGUUACCAAAAGGUGCAGGAAGCUUGAAGAGCCACCGGGUUUGAAAUUUUCUGAUUACAGUGCAUUAGCAAUGUCUGUGAGCAGGGAAUCCCACAGUUAUACAGUGGCAAUUGUGAAAUCAAAACAAAUCCCUGAUAAUUUUUUCCAGUGGGAUAUUGCAAUUCAUAUAUACAACUCAGAGAAAGAGACCUGGAUGGCACCUUUAACAGAGGUUUUGGUGGGGUGGAGGGGUGGUGAUGAGAGUGUAAUAUGCAAUGGUAUGCUUUACUUUUUGGUUUACUCAACUGGCGGUGGUCCACCAGAAAGUCGCCAUGCACUAAUUGCAUAUAAUAUCUCCAAUCGUUCUUCUCAGGCUACCUUGAAAAGGAGCUUUAUUUCUGUGCCUUGUUCACUAACAUGUGGCCGUUUGAUGAAUAUGAAGGAGAAGCUUGUAAUGGUGGGAGGAAUUGGUAAACACCACAGACCCGGCAUAAUAAAAGGAAUUGGUAUUUGGGUUCUUAAUGAUAUGAAAUGGGAAGAGAUUGUGCGAAUGCCCCACAAAUACUUCCAAGGCUUUGGAGAGUUUGAUGAUGUUUUUGCUAGCAGUGGUACAGAUGAUCUAAUCUACAUUCAAAGUUAUGGAUCUCCAGCACUUCUCACAUUUGACAUGAAACUUAAACAAUGGAAAUGGUCACAGAAAUGCCCUGUAACAAAGAGGUUCCCUCUGCAGCUUUUCACCGGGUUUUGCUUUGAGCCUAGGCUUGAAAUUGCUCCAUAGUUUGUUUUCCAUACAAUCGAAAGCUGCUAUUGACAGUCAGUCCGAGUUUCUGCCAUUUUACUACAUUGUUCUUUAAGUUUAAUUUAAUAUGGUUUCUAUGUUUAACAGCACAUACAAAGUGUACUGCUGAUAAAGUUAGUUAUUCAUGGAUACUGGAAUAUCAUUAUAGCAUUUGAUAAUACAAAAUAGCUACAUAUUUUUUACGUUU